GCCGAGCCGAGGGGGAGGACUCAGUCCGCGGCAGGCAAGGAGGCUGCUCUCUCCCGAGAUGUGGAGCUAGAAACACCUCAGCAGCUCAUCUCCGCGCUUCAGCAACAACCGAGGAGGCGAAGUCUGUGCGGCAGAACCGCACGCGCCCUUUCCCCCUUUUUCUUUUCUUUUUCGCAUUGAUGAGCGACUGUGGCAGUUCACAUCCGGGCCACAGGGCUCUGACUCCAUCACUGCCUAAAACUGACGGAGAGCUUGAUUAAACCUUAUUUAUCGGGGUUUUUUUUGUUUGUUUGUUUGUUUGUUUUGUUUUUGUUUUCCGAACCACACGUUCUGUCAGUGCUCGCAGAGUUUGGAUCAAGAGAUGUCUAACCAAGGAGUUCGGCGGAAUGGACCCGUGAAGCUGCGACUAACAGUUCUGUGUGCCAAAAACCUGGCGAAGAAGGACUUCUUUCGUCUCCCUGAUCCCUUCGCCAAGGUAGUCGUGGACGGUUCAGGGCAAUGCCACUCGACAGACACUGUGAGGAACACGCUUGACCCCAAGUGGAACCAGCACUAUGAUCUAUACAUUGGAAAAUCUGACUCAAUCACUAUUAGCGUGUGGAACCACAAGAAGAUUCAUAAGAAACAAGGAGCUGGAUUCCUGGGCUGCGUUCGUCUUCUGUCCAACGCCAUCAACCGCCUUAAAGACACGGGCUACCAGAGGUUAGACUUGAACAAGCUGAGCCCCAACGACAGUGACACAAUCAGAGGGCAGAUUGUAGUGAGCCUGCAGUCACGGGACCGGAUAGGCACAGGAGGUCCUGUGGUGGACUGCAGUCGGCUGUUUGACAAUGAUCUUCCAGAUGGCUGGGAGGAGAGGAGAACUGCGUCUGGACGGAUCCAGUACUUGAACCACAUCACACGCACUACACAGUGGGAGAGGCCGACCAGGCCUGCAUCAGAGUACUCCAGCCCCGGCAGGCCACUCAGCUGCAUCGUAGAUGAAAACACGCCCAUUAGCACAAAUGGUGCCACCCCCACCACAGCGUUACCGCCCAGUAAUGGUGACCAGCGGGCACAGGAGAGACGGGUGCGAUCGCAGAGGCACCGUAACUAUAUGAGCAGAACCCACCUGCACAUGCACCCAGACCUUCCUGAGGGCUACGAGCAAAGGACGACGCAGCAAGGCCAAGUUUACUUUCUCCAUACUCAGACCGGCGUCAGCACGUGGCAUGACCCCAGGGUACCCAGAGAUCUAAGUAAUGUGAACUGUGAGGAACUUGGUCCUCUACCACCAGGAUGGGAGAUACGAAACACCGCCACAGGGAGGGUUUACUUUGUCGAUCACAACAACCGGACCACGCAAUUCACAGACCCACGCCUCUCAGCAAACCUGCAUCUAGUCUUGAACCCAAGUUCUAAUGGCUCUCGAGGAGGCAGUGAAAGUCAGAAUGUCAGUCGUCAGAACCAGACGAAGGAUCAGGCGCAGCAGGCUCUGGUGUCCCCGGGCCAGCUCCCAGAGGAGGCGGAGUGUCUCACGGUGCCCAAGUACAAGAGGGACCUGGUUCAGAAGCUGAAGAUCCUCCGGCAGGAACUGUCCCAGCAGCAACCUCAGGCCGGUCACUGCCGCAUCGAGGUGUCCCGCGAGGAGAUCUUUGAGGAGUCGUACCGGCAGGUGAUGAAGAUGAGGCCGAAGGACCUGUGGAAAAGGCUCAUGGUGAAGUUCAGAGGUGAAGAAGGACUUGACUAUGGAGGGGUGGCCAGGGAGUGGCUGUAUCUGCUGUCCCAUGAGAUGUUGAAUCCAUAUUACGGCCUGUUCCAGUACUCCCGUGACGACAUCUACACGCUGCAGAUCAACCCCGACUCCGCCGUCAAUCCCGAGCACCUGUCAUACUUUCACUUCGUAGGCCGCAUCAUGGGGAUGGCAGUGUUUCAUGGCCACUACAUCGAUGGGGGCUUCACUUUACCGUUCUACAAACAGCUGCUGGGUAAACCCAUCACUUUGGAUGACAUGGAGUCUGUCGACCCCGACCUGCACAACAGCCUGGUUUGGAUCCUGGACAAUGACAUCACAGGUGUGCUGGACCACACCUUCUGUGUAGAGCACAAUGCUUACGGCGAGAUCAUCCAGCAUGAGCUCAAACCAAAUGGUAAAAGCAUCCCGGUCACUCAGGACAACAAGAAGGAGUACGUCCGCCUCUACGUCAACUGGCGUUUUCUGCGAGGCAUCGAGGCCCAGUUCUUGGCUCUGCAGAAAGGCUUCAAUGAGGUCAUCCCCCAACACCUGCUCAAGUCUUUUGAUGAGAAGGAGCUGGAGUUGAUCGUGUGCGGCCUGGGGAAGAUCGACAUCAACGACUGGAAGUCCAACACGCGGCUCAAGCACUGCACUCUGGACAGCAACAUCGUGAAAUGGUUCUGGAAAGCUGUGGAGUCCUUCGACGAGGAGCGCAGGGCCCGGCUGCUGCAGUUUGUUACCGGCUCUUCAAGAGUUCCUCUGCAAGGUUUUAAGGCCCUGCAAGGUAAAAAAAAAAAAAAAAAAAAAAAGGGCCAAAAAUCAUAGCUAUUAGCCAGGUUGUGUUGUUUUAAUGCGUACUGAAUGCUAAUUAAAACAAUGUCUCUUUGGUGCUCAGUCUCUGUCAGCACACUUUAGUAAUUAUAAACCUGAUAAGUUUACUGACUUUAAUGUAUAUUUAACAGAAUAAAGGAAUCACGGCUGUUGUUUUAGAGACAUUUUGCAGGAAAAUGGCAGCAUUAGCACCGAUUUUUAUAUCUGAAAUGAAACCGUUUAUCUCAGUGUCCAUUUAUCUAAUUGAAAUUCAAUAGCAAAAAAUUG